CGAAGAAACGGUAACUGGCAAAUUUACGACCAGUUGUCUCAUCAUCCUUUCAGAGACCUGGAGACGGUCCCAGCGGAUCCAACGGCAAGAGAAGGAGAGAUAGGGCUGGCGAGACGGUACCUUACGUGGAAGGCUUGGAUACAAAGAACCUAGAAGUAUGCAUGUUCCUCUUUUCAUCUCGAAAUGCCAAUCUCCUUCUCGUGCUUCUCCAAUAUCGAGUGGGUCGCCUGCCGACCCCGGCCCGCCUGGCUUGGAAGCUUGCUGAAGCCUGGUCAUUGAUGGGAUGGGAUGGAGCACUGGAGCAAUUUAGUAGCAAGUCUGGCAAGUUGGAGCCCCAGAGAUUGUGUUCAACUGAAGGAUGGCGUCUUGCUAUGCUUACCCACGCGGUUUCUCAAAUGUUAAUUAUCCCCGAGACCACAUGCGACAGCCUACAGGCGCUGCGGCGCAGGUGCAGGUGCAGGCGGGCGACCGCCGACGAUGACAUGGCCUUUUAUCACAUAAGCUAUCCGUUCUAAUCCCUACCUUAAUGGGUUCCGGAUGAUGCUGAAUGGUAGGGGGCAGCCAGGCAGGCC